AUGGAUAUGCAAAUAUUAGAGCUAACUGAAAGAAAGCAACUGAAAAAUAAGUGGGAUGCACUUAAAAAUGAGUGGAAGUUGUGGAAAGAGCUAGUGGGUAAAGAAAUUGGCCUAGGGUGGAAUUCGAGCAAGGGUACCGUUGAUGCCUCUAGGGAGUGGUGGAAUAAUAAAAUUCUGAUAAACAAAGAAUAUGGAGAAUUGCAAAAAAAAGGCAUUAGUCCUCAAAUGGAGGACAAGUUAGAUAGUAUGUUCUUAAGUACAGUUGCUACCGGUGAACAUGCAUGGGCACCUUCAUCUGGAGUACUACCACCAGAGUCAAGAGAGGAAGCUAUAGGACAAAUUGAUUCAGAUGAUGAGGAAGAAACUGAGACUAUGCAGGAUCUAAGGCAAGCUAGUAGGAAGGGAAAAAAAAGAGCGGCUAACCAAGGAGAAUUGCGAAAGAAGAAGGUUGAUAAGAAAGGGAAAAAAAUUGGAGGUGCUGCAAAACUUUGUGGUCAAAUUGACCGUCUUGUUGAAGCUUAUGAAACUAGGAGUUCUACAGACUCAUUGAUGAGGUCGUUGCAUAUAGGUAGUAGUAUUCCGGAAGUAUUAGCGAUUGUUGCACAAUUGCCUGGCUGUGAGCCACCUAGCGAGUUAUGGUUGUUGGCUACGUGUUUAUUUUGUUCUGCAGAUAAGUGA